AUGGCAUCCUUUGGUUUGCAACGACCUUCGGCAGCGGCAGCCGCUGUACCAGAACAGCUUAUUGAAGCAGGGACACCCUGGAUCGCAGCCGCCGACGGCAAGCUCUCUCUGCUUCAAACAUCACUCCAACGUCUCCAGCUUCCCGUGACGGCCGCCGAUGAAACCGGGUACACGUUGCUCCAAGCAGCAGCCUCGUACGGACAAUUGCCCGUGUUGCAAUGGAUUCUGAGUCAAAUACAUGCAGAUCCAAACGGUAUUAAUGCCGUGGACCAUGAAGGCGAUUCGGCACUCCAUUAUGCUGGAACGGCCGAGGCGGCUCGCAUGCUCGUCGAGGUGGGAAGAAUAAAUGUGGGACUCGUCAAUCGACAAGGCAAAACAGCACUCCAGCAAAAGCAAGAAGAAUUGCAGCAGUUAUUGGACGAUGAGGACGAAGACAGUGACAGUGAAGAUGUGGAAAGUUUGAAAAAACAAGUCGAAUUCUUGACACAACUGCAACAAUAA